AUGUCGGCCCAGAAGCUUUAUGGAUCUCACGUCCCGCUGGCUCCACUUUCUCGAAUACUCUUGGGGAUUGGUUCUGCAGCGACAGCAAUAACCGAUCCUCGAAGAGGAGAUAUGGUAGCAGCGAUGGGAGAAACUACAGCAGUCGGGCCUGUGCUGGAAAAUAUCAGAAGGAGGAUGGAGUCGGAUAAAAUAGGGAAGAAGCUUCUCAUGGAAAAGCCCCGCAUCUCAAAUGAGACAAUUGACAGAAAGUGGCUGGCACAGCUACCAGAUGGCACCUUGGGUAAACAUUACUCAAAUUUCUUGGAACGUUUGAAUACAUCACCUGAUGCUCGACCGACUGUGAAGUAUAUUGAUAAUCUGGAACAUUUAUAUGUUAUGCAGAGAUAUCGAGAAACACACGAUUUCACUCAUAUUGCUCUCGAGCAAAAGACUAACAUGUUGGGGGAAGUUACAGUGAAAUAUUUUGAAGGAAUUCAGUACGGAUUACCAAUGUGUGUAUCUGUGGUAUUUUUGGAGGAGCCAGACUUUUGA